AUGCCAGGAAUGGUCAGUAAAAACCCAGACCUCGAGUUCGACUCUUUGCAGCCCUGUUUCUACCCGGACGAAGAUGAUUUUUAUUUGUGCGGGCCGGACUCCGCUCCCCCCGGGGAGGACAUCUGGAAAAAGUUUGAGCUGCUGCCCACCCCUCCCCUGUCUCCCAAUGAGCUGGUCCGUACGACCACCGCCAUAAACUUGGAUGAAGAUGAGGAGGAAGAGGAUGAAGAAGAAGAAAUUGAUGUUGUGACAGUGGAGAAAAGACGCUCCUCCUCCAACAAGGCUGUUACCACCCUUACUAUUACAGUGCGUCCUAAAAAUACCACUUUUCCAUCAGUCAGGACACAGCAGAAUGAACUGAUUUUAAAGCGUUGUGCACCAAUUCACCAGCAGCAUAAUUAUGCCGCUCCUUCUCCAUACAUGGAGAGUGAAGAUGCUCCACCGCAGAAGAAGUUAAAAACCGAGGUGCCCCGUCCAGUAAAACCCACGAUCCAACCAAAGUCUAAGAGUUCAAGUCCUCGAAACUCUGAUUCAGAGGAUAGUGAACGUCGACGCAACCAUAAUAUCCUAGAGCGUCAACGGCGUAAUGAUCUACGGUCAAGUUUCCUCACAUUAAGGGACCAUGUUCCAGAACUGGUUAAAAAUGAGAAAGCUGCAAAAGUUGUGAUCUUGAAAAAAGCCACUGAAUAUGUUCAUUCCCUUCAGGCAGAGGAGCAGAAAUUGUUGCUAGAAAAGGAAAAAUUGCAAGCCAGACAACAACAAUUGCUAAAGAAAAUAGAAUACAAGCGGACUUGCUAA